AUGGCACCACCAGCGAAGAAGAGACGUACCAGGGGCAACGCUGCUGCCAUCGCAGCGGAGCAAGCACAGGAGGAAUCAAGGGUCGAGGAAUCAAAGGUCGAAGAAUCAAAGGCCGAGGAGCCAAAGGUUGAAGAAUCAAAUCCCGAAGAAUCACAGCCUGUCGAAACAGCUCCCGAAACAGCUCCCGAACCGACCGUGGAAGCGAAAGAAGAACCAGACGCUGCAGCUAAAGCGCAAGACCGCAUGGCUCGAUUCAAAGCCCUCCAGGCCCGUGCCAAGAAAUCAUCAGAAACCAACUUCAAGGAGGCAACUCUGGAAUCACAGCGCCUCUCUACAAAUCCCAGCGAGCUGACGGCCCUGCAUCGGAGACACGCAAUUGCAUCCCACAAGCUGCUCAAGGCAGACACCGAAGAGGCUGGCGAAGAUUUUGAGCGCAAACGGGCGUGGGACUGGACUGUGGACGAGAGCGAAAAAUGGGAUAAGCGCAUGAAGAAGAAGGGAACGCACCGCGACAACAACGCCUUUCAAGAUUACCAUCAAGAAGCCAACAAGUCCUACAAGAGGCAGUUGCGCAACGUCAAUCCCGACCUAGAGAAAUACGAGAAGCAAAAGAUGGCUGCCAUCGAAAAGGCUGCGGCAUCUGGUGGUCUGGACAUUGUCGAGACGGAGGAUGGCGAGCUCAUUGCCGUGGAUAAAGACGGCAGUUUUUACUCAACGGCCGACACGACAUCCUUUACACAAAACAAGCCGGAUAAAGAAGCUAUUGAUCGGUUGGUCAAAGAUCUUCAGCGUGCAGAAGAUGUCCGCCUCAAAAAGAGAAAGGAACGGAUGGCGCAGAAUGGCGAAGACGGAGACGUCACAUACAUCAACGAAAAGAACAAACAGUUCAACCAGAAGCUGUCACGCUUCUAUAAUAAAUACACAGCGGAGAUUAGAGACAGUUUUGAGCGUGGAACGAUGAUCUGA